UUCAGUUAGAAGCCCUGCAAAGUUUCAGUCAUACACACAAUGAUGAACUUAAGCUUGAACACACCUCUCAUUCUCUGCAUCCUCAGCUGGAUCUCUGUCUCAGUGUCUGAGUUUCAGACUCUGAGGGGCCGACCUGGUGAAGAAGUCACAAUGUUGAUCUCCAACAUUUCCAAAUUCGACUCUGUGACAUUCUGGUUCAGGCAGAUCAACAAAACCAAGGUCCGCUGCAUCUCAGUUAUGAUCAAAUCUGACAGCGCAGCAGAUUUCUGCGAUGGAUAUAAUAAUGGAAAUUUUGAAAUGAGAUCAAACAUCUCCAACCUCUUUCUCAAAAUCAAACACGUGGAUUUAUCAGACUCUGGACUGUAUGUCUGUGGAUUCUACACAAGUGGCCGUCCGAUUUUCAGUGUGGUAGAUUUACAUGUUGAAGGUGGUGGUGAAGUGAUGAACAUGGGCUCUAAAGAGGCUGAAGGAGUAACCAAGCUGAUGAACGUGAUCCUGGGUGUUCUGACUGGUUUCCUUGUGAUCAUCAUCGGCCUUGUUCUUAAAUUCACGAAACCUUGGGCAGCUGCCAUUGAGGAACCACAGCGAUGUAAGAGUCUGGACUCGAAAGUGAACGAUGCAGCACUGAGUGUGUAUUCAGGAACGAUGAGAAACGGGAGGCCUGCAUCAGAGAGAGAAGUGGAGACUCGUGUUUUUUACUGUGCCAGCAGAUAGACUCAGAGUGGAUCUGAUUCUUUUAUCAUGUUUCUGUGCUUUUCUUCUCAUGUCUCUCUCUCACUCUGUCUUCCUAAAUUACUGAGACAGCACAGUGCAGGCUGAGCUAGAGUUGUUCCGAUACCGUUGUCGGUUAGCCAAAGUAACAGUGUUAUGGGUGAUAACGUGGUUAGUUCCCUACUAGCCUAAACACCAUUGCAAAACAUCAAUGUAAACUGGAUAUUUUAACUGCGAUAUUAAUGUACUACAUGUCUGAAUUAAAAACUAAAAUUUA